AUGGAGGAUGAAACAAAUGUUAUUUCUACCACUUCAACGCCAGGCGCAUUUGACAACAGCUAUUAUUUUUGUAUUUGCAAUCAUAAUGAUCUAGUGCCAAUGCAAGAUGUUGUAGAAAACAUUGUUUAUACUGAGCCCCUUGGACUUACCAUAAAUCAUGUUCAAAAAGAAUAUACAAUUUCUUCAAAAUCAAACAGAAUGCCAAACAAAAGAUUGGUUAACAAACUGCAAAAUGUAAUAGAUGAAAUUGGGGCAAAAACUAGGCUUCAAGUUCUUGCAUUUAUCGCAGAAGGAAAUGCAAAUAGUCAGGUUGUAAGAGCUGAUAUGUAUGGUUCAGACAUAUUAAAAAGAGUAAUUCAUCCAUAUAAAGAAUUGAUGUUUGCGGAUUUUUUUAACAUUUUAAAAAGCAAUGAGGAAGUUACUGAAAAAAAUCCAGUGGGUUUAUUUACCUUGCCUCAACUAAAUAUUGAUGGGUAUCCUAUACCAUUGACUAAAUUAACACAAGCACAAUUGAGAUCGUUUAUACCCGUGAUGAUGAAGUACGCGACAGGACGAGCAAAACCAGGCUGGGGAAAAAUUAAUCUAAAACCAGAUUGGUGGCCAGAACGAGUUCCCUUUAAAAAUGUGAGAAUGGAUAUCAGAAGCGAGGAGGAAAAGUUGUUAUUGCCAUGGACGGAAGCCUUAAGAUUGGUGGUUUCAUCUUGUUAUAAAUUCUUUGAUAGGGAGGAUUUGCUUAAUACGGAUGUUAAGUUAAUUUAG